AUGCCGUCCGUCACACUAUGUACCCGCCACUUGGGUUGUCUACAGUGUACAGGCUGCCGGCCUGAUAUUUCGGAGUCGAGACACCGAGUCCCGACACCAGCUGGGAUACAUCAGAAAUUGGGCAUCACGAGUCAUGAGCGUCUAUGGUGCAUACAUCUGCGGCCGGUCAGCCAGCAUUUUCCGUCUGAUUUUGACAGACCUAGUAGUAGUACGGCCGCUGGGUCAAAAGACAAAACUAGCAAGAUCGCCCCUAGAUUAAGUGUGAAAGCGGAGAUCACUGCGAUGCGAGAAGCCACUAAUCAGCAAGCUGCUCUGAAACUGUCUGCCAAAUCGACCGGAGCAGGAGAGGAAAAUGGUAGUGAUCAAAUGGCGAAUUUGAUGGGAUAUUUGGGAGGAUUGAAAUCGAGGAAGUAG